AUGAAAGUAUUAGCAAUUGGCGAUAUAUUUGGUAAAACUGGUCGUCGAGUCAUUAAAGAUUGCCUUCCAAAGUUAAAAAAUGAGCAUGAGAUUGACCUGAUUAUUGCUAACGUGGAAAACACUACCCACGGCAAAGGAAUAUCCCGCAACCAUUACCAAGAGUUAAAAAAUUAUGGGAUUGAUAUAAUGACUUCUGGCAAUCAUAUUUUUGCUGUCGAAGAAACCAAAAAGUAUAUCACAGAAGUACCCGAUUUGUUAAGACCACUCAAUUCUAAUCCCUAUCACCCUGGACCCGGAACUAUUUUGACAAAGAUUAAAGGCAAGAAAAUUCGGAUUACUAAUUUAUUAGGAACUAAUUUCAUGCCAAUGGCUACAGAAAACCCUUUUUUUGUCCUAGAAAAAGUACUAAAUUUACAAGACUGUGAUAUUCACCUUGUCGAUUAUCAUGCUGAGACCACAGCUGAAAAAAUUGCUUUGGCUUUAUAUUUUGAUGGCAAAAUCAGUGCUUUAUGGGGAACUCAUACUCACGUGCAAACGGCUGACGAAAGAACCUUACCAAGAGGAACUGGAUUUAUUACUGACCUCGGAAUGACUGGUCCUUACGGGGGAGUCAUUGGCGCCAAGCCAGAAGUGAUUUUUCAAAGAGCUAAAUAUGGUUUACCAGCUAAAAUGACUCCUCAUGAAGAUAACGGACAAUUUAAUGGGGUUAUUUUUGAGUUUGACGACGAUAGCAAUAAACUACUAAAUAUUAGAAGAAUUAAAAAAGUGUUUUAA